AUGCCAGAUUCAAUGACAAGAAAAAGGGAGGUCCGCAAAUGCAAAUGGCAGUGCGAAAACAGUUUCUCGGCAGAGGAGUCUUAUCACGGAACAAUGUCUGGCACGAAGAGGCACGCAAACAGGAAAGCAGAGGAGCUUGAAAAACUAUGCAAUGCGAGGACCCGGCCAAGGCCAGAGAAAGCAUCACCGAGUUUGAAAAAAUGUAAGAAUCUGAAUUCGUCAUCACGCGGUGAGCGUAAAGGAGAAAAGAAGGGGUGUGACGGUUUUGAGGAGAAAGAGACUAAGUUGGAUUAG